AUGGAGGCCCUAGCAGCUGUAGGGCUGGCAUCUAACGUACUCCAGCUCAUUGUAUGUGGGUACAAAGUCGUUUGGAUGGCGAAGGAGUUACACGAAUCUCAUCAAGAUUCAAUCCAAUCUAAUAGCAAUACUGCUUUUUUGGCGCAGGAAAUGCGAGAACUCAGCACGAGAGUUAUGAAAGACUUGCUAUCAUCUGAUCUGACUGAGGACGAAAUGGCUCUAUAUAGCUCAGACCUAACACAAAAGCUUGAACAUACAUUGAGUACCACGUCUAUAUCCCAAAAGGAAAUGCUACAUCUGAGAGACCACGUACAAAAGCUCCAGCACAGAGUUGUGGUCGACUCGGAUAAUACGAUGGCAUUUUUCCGAAAGCUUCAGGAAAUUGUAGAGAUACCAUUCAAGCAAGCCGCUAUCUUACAAAGUCUCCGAUAUCCGAGAAUGCAUGAUCGGUUUGAGAAUGUAGAUCCAGCGCAUCGAAACACUUUCCAAUGGCUUCUCGAGGGCCCAGAAACUCCUUCCGAAGAAGAGCAGCGAGAGUCUGUGGUAGAGGACAACAACCAUGGUCCAUACCACUGGUACCAAUCUAAAUACUACGUCUAA